AUGCACAGGACUUGGCUCUGCAAGCGCUGCUUACUACACUUUGGCACGGAAGAUCUUCUAACCAAACACAAAGAAGACUGCAGCGAACACGAGGCUGUGAAAAUACUGACACCGAAAGAAGGCUCUACCGUACAGUUCAAGGACUUCAAACACUCUAUGAGAGUACCGUUCGUGGCUUACGCUGACUUUGAGUGUAUGCUGACUCCCGUAGCCAGCAGCAGCUGGGAUCCCGAUGCACAAAGUUCUUACACCGAAAAGUAUCAGAAACACGAAGCUGUAAGUUUCUCGUACUACUUCGUGUACUCUGACGGUGAUUACAAACCGCCCACUACGUAUUUCGGACCGGACGCUGCGCAAGUGUUCGUGGAAAGCAUCAUGAACGAUGCCAGGGAAAUAUUCCAACUUUACUCAAGAGCUGCUGCUCUACCGAUGGAGCUGACUCAAGACGAUUUACACGCAAUAGCCAACGCUCGGCAGUGUCACAUCUGUGGCAAGUCUUUCAACGAUCCCGAUGAUUACAAAGUUCGCGAUCACGACCAUCUGACGGGGAAAUUCAGAGGUAUGGCUCACAACUCGUGUAACCUCAACUUCAAGAAACCGCAUUUCCUGCCAGUGUUUGUUCACAACCUGAGCGGAUACGACACCCACCUGUUUAUCAAGAUGUUUGGGCUCAACAACGAGACCAUCAAAGUUAUUCCAAACAACGAGGAACGUUACAUCUCCUACACCAUCGAGGUUGAGCGUGGAGUGAAGCUACGGUUCCUGGACUCGUUGAGGUUCAUGGCAAGCAGUCUAGACAAGUUGGCUAAGAACCUGUCUCCCGAUCAAUUUAAAAACAUUUCCAAAUUCUAUGACGGAGAGAAACUUGAAUUGUUACUUAAAAAGGAUGUCUAUCCCUACGACUAUAUGGACGGUAUGGAGAAGUUUGAACGUUCGUCCCUGCCCGCGCAGAACGACUUUUACAACAAGCUGAACGAUGCUCACGUAAAGCCCGAAGACUACCAACAUGCGGUCAACGUUUGGAAUACGUUCAACAUACAGAACAUGAAAGACUACACACUGUUGUACAACCAAACGGACGUGCUCUUGCUGGCGGACAUUAUGGAGAACUUCCGCGACGUUUGCAUGCAGACGUACCAGCUCGACCCUGCUUGGUACUACACGGCUCCCGGACUCGCGUGGAGUGCGAUGCUCAAGACCACCGGCAUAAAACUCGACCUUCUCAGUGACUACAACAUGAUCCUGAUGAUCGGCAAGGGCAUUCGUGGCGGAGUGUCACAGUGCUCUAACCGGUACGCCGCAGCAAACAACCCUUAUAUGGAAGAUUUCGAUGAGGACCAGCCGACUUCCUACCUGACGUACUUGGACGCCAAUAAUCUGUACGGCUGGGCCAUGAGUCAGUACAUGCCGUAUAAGAACUUCAAGUGGUGCAAAACCGACAUUGACGUUACAAAAGUUCCGGAUGACGCACCAACUGGCUACAUUCUGGAAGUCGACUUGGUGUAUCCCAAUAAUUUGCACGACUUGCACUCUGACUUGCCUCUUGCACCGGAACGUCGAGUACCGCCGGGAUCGAAAGAAGAAAAGUUACUCACCGCACUGCUAGAGAAGGAAAAAUAUGUUGUCCACUACCGGAAUCUAAAACAGUAUCUAUCGCUCGGCAUGAAACUUAAGAAAGUCCACAGAGUUAUAAGCUUCAGUCAAUCAGCCUGGCUCAAGCCCUACAUCGACUUGAACACUGAGAUGCGUACGCAAGCCAGGAACGAGUUUGAGAAAGAUUUCUUCAAGCUCAUGAAUAACAGCGUUUUCGGUAAGACAAUGGAGAACAUCCGGAACAGAGUGGACAUCCGACUAGCCACAAAAGACGAACAAGUCGACAAGUGGACUGCUCAACCAAACUUUAAGAGCAGGACGAUAUUUACCGAACAGUUGGCAGCCGUUUCACAUGUCAAAAACGAAAUUGAUGUUCAAUAA